AAUAUGGUAAUUUGAUUUGUAUAAAUUUACAAAAUUUCUGAAUAAGUUUUCAUAUCUCAGGUGAUCUCUGUGUUGAACAAAAAUUGAAUUACAAAGGCUCUGAUAAUUGAAUCUGAAAAGAAAAAUGGGGGACAAGAAUGAAAAUACUGACAAAGGACUGUUUUCUAGUCUUGCUGGAUAUGCUAUGGGCCAUCACCAUGGAGGCUAUGGGGCAUAUCCACCUCAAGGAUAUGGAUAUCCACCACAAGGGUACGGGUACCCGCCUUCUGGCUAUCCUCCUCACGGUGGAUACCCGCCAGCAGGAUAUCCUCCUCCACCUGCAUAUCCUCCACAUGGUGGAUAUCCUCCUGCAGGUUAUCCACCCGCCUACUAUCCGGGUCCAUCAGCCUCACAUCAUGGGCAUGGCGGACCUCAUAUAGGAGGGGGCAUGCUAGCUGGAGGUGCAGCAGCAGCAGUAGCUGCAUAUGGGGCUCACCAUCUCAUGCAUGGUCGUCCUCAUGGCCAUUAUGGCCAUUUUGGCCAUCAUGGCAAGUUUAAGCAUGGAAAAUUCAAGCACGGGAAGUUUGGCAAGCAUGGCAUGUUUGGCAUGGGGCACAAGAGAUGGAAGUGAUUCAUUGCCUAAAGUAACAAGAUUGCUGCUAUCGGUUCUUGCUUUUUACAUUUCUGUUGACGAUGAAUUUCUGGUGCAUUUUGGGUGUUUAUUUACUGAUAUUAGUAUGUUAUCAACACUCUCGAUAUGGUUUCGUGUAUAUAUUGUUUUCACUUUAAGUUGA